AAAGAAAAUUAUGGAAAAUCUGCUGUCAACAAAUAUUGGUCAUUGUUUUGAGGCUAAAAUUAGUUUUUUCAAUGGAACGCUGGAAAUUGUGACAAGAAGCCGUUAAUCAGGGCAUGUGUGGACAUCAUGGCAGGGGCUCAGCAAAAAGGAGAAGGGAAUAGAGAAGCAAUAAGAGUGCAAGUUAUGAAAUGCAUGGGAUUCCUCCAGCCAGAGUACAAGACGUUCAGCAUGGACCCAGAGAUCACGACAUUUGAGAUGCUACAGCUUCUACUUAUGCAGGCAUUCCAACUCAAAAGUGAGUUUACCAUCAGCUAUUCAUCUCGGGACGAUCAAGCGAGGGAGGUAUACUUGUCUCUCCUCUCAGACUGGGACCUAGACUCCGCCAUUCUCACCUCAUCAGAUCCCUGCCUCCGGCUCAAAGUUGAUGCCAAGCCAUUUGAGGGGCCAGGAAUACUGGAAGACUGGGAUGUCGUCAGUGGACAGGAUGUCUCAGGAAACAGCUCUGACCGUAUGCGCUUUGUGCCGUUUGUCGGUGCUCUUAUGGACAGCGUCGGGAAAACUCUAACCAGGGUCACUCGCAUGUUCCAACAAGCGGAGGGUGAGGAGGUGUCUUAUGAAUUACCGCGGUCGCCGCUGGAUGAUCAGGAGUUUUUCACGUACCUGGACCCUGUGGGACACUUGGAGAGGCCGCAUGAACUGCGCCUACGUGUUUACCAGGGAGGGAUCAAGCCAUCGUUAAGGAAGGUUGUGUGGCGCCACCUGUUGAAUAUCUUUCCUGAAGGCCUAUCCGGGAAGGAGCGCCUGGAACACGUCAAGGCCAAAUCCCUUGAAUAUCAUCGACUGAAGAAGCAACUCUUGUCAGAUCCGAGAGAGGACUUUAAAAACAUCAAAAACAUGGUUAGAAAGGACGUGUUGCGCACUGAUCGUCUGGAGGAUUUUUACUCGAAUGGGGAGGAAAAUACGGAGAAGCUUUUCAACUUGCUCGCCACCUAUGCCCUGUCGCAUCCUGAGGUCUCCUACUGCCAGGGUAUGAGCGAUCUAGCGUCGCCGUUACUCUUCGUGAUGGAGGACGAGGCUCAGGCCUACAUCUGUUUCGCCCAGCUCAUGAAGCGUCUGGCCUGCAGCUUCUUACCCGAUGGCAAAGCCAUGUCGGUCAAGUUCCUCCACCUAACCGAGUUGAUUCGCUGCGUGGACCCAGAGUUUUACGAGUACCUCAAGGAGGAGAAUGCGGACGACUUGUACUUUUGUUACCGCUGGCUUUUGUUGGAGCUGAAGCGAGAGUUUGCCUUCACAGAUGCUCUGCGUAUGAAGGAGAUCAUGUGGAGCUCUCUUCCUCCUGAUCCUCCAGCUGAACAGGGAGUCGAGCUCGCCUCAACCUCAAACGCAUCACCCUCUGCCUUCGCUGCUGAGAGGCUACGGUUUAGAUUUGCCCGAGGGAGGAGCAUCUCAAAGGAGAAGGUGGAAGGCACUGAUAAAUCAGGUAGCCCUGCCUCGUCCAAAAAGUCCCUGGAGAAAACGGAAAUCAAGGAGAGAUUGAAUGAAAGUCCAGAGGAGGAAACCGCAGAGAGCGCCGCUGUGAACGGCACUGAACAAAUCAAAGCCUCUUGUGUGGACAACUCGAGCAGUAACUCAUCAGUCAACCGGCAGGAACAGAAUAAUCAUUCCUCUGCUGCAGACAGUAAAAAAAACACAAACAGUAUUAACAACUCCAUCAGUAGCUUGAAUAACUACAGGUCGCAGUCAAUUGAUGUCACUGCCAGUCCAUCAUCGUCCUUAGGUGUCCAAUCCAAGAGCCUUUCUAAGUCUCAGAGCAGCCCAAUCCUGUCGAAGGGAGUCAAGUCACCGAGGGACAAGAAGACCUCCCCGAGGAGUCCAUCCAAGUCGUCGCCCCCGAGUCCCAUUCGUAACCCUUACAAGGGGUUGCCCCCACCCCAGGAUUUCGGGGGCGGGAACCCCUUCAUGAUGUUUGUCUGUCUGGCCAUGCUGCUGGACCAGCGUCAUGUUGUGAUCGCUCACAAGCUGGACUACAACGACAUGGCGAUGAUGUUUGACAGCAUGGUGCGGAAGCACAACCUGGGCAAGAUCCUACAUCAUGCUAGGGUGCUUUACGCCGAGUACCUUCAGUCGGAAGCGUCUAAAGCUGGCGCUGAUCAUCAGGAAGACUUGAUUAACAUGAAUGGACAGUUGGGCAUGCAGGGAGAUUCCAUAAAUCUUUGAGAAAAAUUAAGGAGGAGGGUAAGGAUUGUUUGCGAGGACAGACAACUUGUCGCUCAUCAAAUCUUGUGUAAUUUAAAAAAAUGUACAUUCUAAAACAUGUUUAUUGUAUUUAUAACAAAACUUUGGAUGUUCUGUUGUAGUGCUGGUUGCAAGGAAUAACAAGUGUGCAUUGCCACAAUCAUAGGAACACUUUUUGUUAAUAUACACCAAAUGAACAACAGAUCAGUAUUGAGUAACUCUUUGCAGAUCUUGUAUUCGGCAAACCUCAGAACUAUCAUUCAAAAAGUGGUUCAUAAAAUGAGCACAACAAAAUGUCUACCCAUGAUUGUGGCAUUGCACAGGAAAUUUAUUUUUGUAAAUAGUUUUAUGGCACAAAACUUGCCCUCUUUAUUUUUGGCACUCAAUUAAAUGUGUAGAUUAAGGUAGUGGUCACCUUCAAAAUGUAGUACUGAAUAAAUGCAUUGGUCCUUAAAGGCAGUAGUGGACACUAUUGGUAAUUGCUCAAAAUAUUUAUUAGUAUAAAGCCU